AUGGCAGCGAGCUUUAGAUCGCUCACCAGAGCAGUCUCGCGACCCGCCACCCGGCGACUACAGCCCUCGCCCGCAUCAAUCGCUCUUCCUGGCGUCCAGAAAAGACUACACUCGUCCAAGCACCCCAAGGGCUUUGAGGCGCCCACGACCGAGGAGCUAGACGAGCUGCGCGAGCGUGUGCACGAGUUCACGCGCCGCGAAAUCACGGAAGAGGUCGCCGCGCACACAGACAAGAGCAAUGCUUUCCCCAACGAGAUGUGGCCGAAGCUCGGCGAGGCCGGGUUCCUGGGCAUCACGGCCGACGAGGACGUUGGCGGGCUGGGCAUGGGCUACCAGGCUCACGCCGUCGUCAUGGAGGAAAUGUCCCGCGCGUCAGGGUCCAUUGGGCUGAGCUACGCGGCGCAUUCGCAGCUCUGCGUGAACCAGCUGCAGCUCAACGGCAGCCCGGAGCAGAAGAAGAAGUACCUCCCCGGCCUGAUUGCCGGCACCAAGAUUGGCGCGCUGGCCAUGUCCGAGUCCGGCUCCGGCAGCGACGUCGUGAGCAUGCGCACGUCGGCCAAGAAGGUCGACGGCGGCUAUCUCCUCAACGGCUCCAAGAUGUGGAUAACCAACGGGCCCGACGCCGACUUGAUCGUCGUCUACGCCAAAACGGAGCCCGACAAGGGGUCCAAGGGCAUCACGGCCUUCCUGGUCGAGACCAAGGCGGACGGGUUCAGCUGCGCCCGGAAGCUGGACAAGAUGGGCAUGCGCGGCAGCAACACGGGCGAGCUCAUGUUCGACAACGUCUUCGUCCCCGAGGACAACGUCGUGGGCAGCGUCAACGGCGGCGUGCGCGUCCUCAUGGAGGGCCUCGACCUGGAGCGCCUGGUCCUCUCGGCCGGGCCCCUGGGCAUCAUGCAGGCCGCGCUCGACGUUGCCCUGCCCUUCUCCCACCAGCGCAAGCAGUUUGGUUCCCCGAUUGCUCACAACCAGCUGGUCCAGGGCAAGCUCGCCGACAUGUACACCAAGCUGCAGGCGUCGCGGGCCUAUACUUACGCCACGGCCAGGCAGGUUGAUGAGCAGGGCGUUAUCCGCACCCAGGACUGUGCUGGCGCCAUUUUGUACGCGGCUGAGCGUGCGACCGAGUGCGCACUUGACUGCAUCCAGUUGCUGGGUGGUAUGGGCUAUGUUGAGGAGAUGCCUGCCUCGAGAUUGCUGAGAGAGUAA